AUGUCUCGACGACAUCAAUCUCGAAAUGGUACUAACAAGAAUUCAGAAAUGAACAGACCAAAAGCAGAUGUAAGCGAUCUAUGGAUACAACACCAGCGCAGAAACACAAAAACAACUAAAUCCUGGGCCUGCAUAUACUGUCCGGAGCGCAAGAUAUGUCAUUCCGAAACAGACUUGUGGAACCAUGCAGAAAAAGAGCAUCACGACAAGAUUCCAUCAGAUCAAGAUGCACUGGAUCAAUUUCGAAAAUCUUAUGAGAGUAAUAGUGCAUUGAAGAGACCGACGAAGGACGAUGCUCAAUCCCGGAAGCCCUCAAAUAAUGAGGCGUCUACUGCUCAAGCAGGCGCACCAUCUCCACACUUACAGUCUAAGAGACCCUUAAAUUCACCCCAGCCAACUCGAUCGCUUUCUGGCCUUCAAGCUUUGAACUUGGGACCAAAUGAGGAUAAUACGAUGGAGGAUGAAGAAAUCACAACAGACCAGCCACGCAAAAGAGCUGCCGUCGGAGAUGGUAUAUCAGCAGGUUCAGCAUCGCCAUUCCGAGAACACUCAAGUUCACCCCCACCGCGAAGAUCUUUAGCUCGACCGACUUCUGGACCAAUUUCCGCAGAAGACACGGAGACUCGCCGACAGGCUACCAAGGGACAACUGUGGACUCCCGAUCAAGACUCCCCGUUCACAAGGUCAUCCUUUGAUCCCUCCAACAUUGCUUCGAUCCAAGCAUCAAGAUCUCGAGCUCAAGCGUACAGACCGGCGAAUCGAAGAACCGCGAAACCAUCUACACCCCAAAGUACAUCUCGAUCAGCACCACAUACGAACCACCAUCAGCAGCAGCAGCAGCAGCAGCAGCAGCAACAACAACAACAUCAUCAUGCUCAGGCCAACACCCCAUCCGCAAUCUUACCCAAUAGAACAGUGCCAGAAAUUGAACCAAGACCUCAAAGUGAAGAGUACAACAUAAUUCUUCAGCCAGAGACAAGGCCCAUCUCUCAAGAGCAACUUGUAGCAGAGGUCAAAGGCAUAUAUGCUGGACUUGUAAUGGUUGAGGCUAAGUGUAUCGAGGUUGAUAACAAGCAAGCUACGCUUGUGCAGGGUGAUCCUCCUACGCAACCGAGGCUUAAUAAUGAACAAUGGCAAGCCCUCAUUGCAUUGCAUCGCACUUUACUUCACGAGCAUCAUGAUUUUUUCCUAGCCUCUCAACAUCCAUCUGCUAGUCCUGCUUUACGUAGACUAGCAUCGAAAUACGCUAUGCCUGCUAGAAUGUGGCGGCAUGGUAUCCAUUCAUUCUUAGAAUUGCUCAGACAUCGGCUACCUGCCUCGCUUGACCACAUGCUUGCAUUCAUAUAUUUAGCAUAUUCCAUGAUGGCAUUGUUAUACGAAACAGUGCCAGCUUUCGAAGAUACUUGGAUUGAGUGCUUGGGAGAUCUAGGAAGAUACAGAAUGGCCAUUGAGGAUGACGAUAUCAGAGAUAGAGAGGUUUGGACUGGUGUCGCACGUCAUUGGUAUUCGAAGGCUUCCGAUAAAGCCCCAACGACUGGUAGGCUAUAUCACCAUCUUGCUAUUCUAGCACGCCCAAAUGCUCUCCAACAAUUGUAUUACUAUGCAAAAUCUUUGUGUGUUGUUGUGCCCUUCACCUCUGCACGAGAAUCGAUACUUACACUCUUCGACCCUGUCCUUCAUGCUGAGAAUGGACACGGCCAAUGUCGAUUACCCUCUUUGGAUGCUGCAUUCAUUCGAGCCCAUGGACAUUUAUUUACAAACAGGGCCAUAGAGAGGUUUGAACCCGCAGUACAAGAAUUCCUCGCACUACUUGAUAGCCAAAUUGGUCGGGUAACCAAAAAAUUCAUGGAGCAAGGCUGCCACAUUGCUAUCUCCAACAACGUUGCAAUGUUAGGUUUCGCGUCUAAAGAAAAUCCUCUGAUGACAGCUAUUGCGCCUUCCUCAGCUAAAGAAGUCGACGUUGAUAUGGAUGAGUCUCGAGACGAAUCCUCUCCUUCUAUGAUAGCAUUCAGACACGCACAGAACCUCAGUUAUUCAACAUUAGAGAUCGUACUACAAAGAAUAGGCGAUCCCAAUGUACUUCCCUUUAUUCAUGUUUCUCUUGUUUUCUUGUUUCGCAUGUCUCAGUUUUCGGGCGCAAUGGAUCUUUUGGCACCGGCGUUUCCAUGGCAAUCUCUAGCAAUCAUGCUCAAUACGUUACUCAAAUCUUACAAGUCCCUCAGCCGUAUUGAGGAUGAUAAGUUCCCACUACCAGAGAAGGAUGACGUCCGGCCAUUUCCGGAAGACUACGGAAUGCGCGGGUUAUUAUGGUCAGAAAAAUACUUCCCCGAAAAAUGGUUUCUCAAUGAGAAAACUGAUGAAGAAGAGAAAUAUCACGAGCUUGCAUCUAUGCUGGAGCAAAGAAAAGAACGCAUACUGUGGUUAGCUUGUCGCAUUGCUGAUGCUGGCCCAUGGAUCAUCUUCGAUAGUUCCAAGCCAGAAUUUUCUGUCCAGGGUAGUCAUGCAGAGUUGGAGUUCUCAAAAUCACGAUCCAUGACCUUUGCUUCAGCAACCACUAAUGAUAGCCUUCCAAGAACAGAAACUUGGUCAACCGUAGAAACUAAUCUUGAUGCUGAAGAAGAAAUGUCGUCGGCCACGAUGACUGCGGCAGAUACAUCACCAAAAGAUUGA